AUGGGGAACCAGCUGGCCGCGGCAACCUCCGUCAAUGUCGCCGAUGUCUCGUCCUUACUGGCUCUUGUCGCGCCGCUCGGGGGAGAGCACCGUUAUCACUUCCGCUCCUUUCACUGUGUGAAGCUGAUGGGUGCGGCAAACGGCGCCACGGAGACGUUACGCUCGCGUCCCUUCUUUCUUUCUGCGGCUGAAAGCCGCGAGACGGACGCGACACUGCGCCGCCCAUCCCAGCUAGCCGGCGGCAGUGAUGUUGUUUUGAAAGUCUUUGUGCGCACCCUCGGUGACACACCGCAGAAGCAGUUGGUGGAGUUCUGCUACGACCAUUUGCUGGAGCUUCAUGAGCGAAUGGCAGACGCGCGAGGCACGGCCGCUGCCGGGGGUGGGGGUCGUGCCCCACCGCCGUGUAACGUGUUGUUCUACUCUCGGAUGGAGGUGCACAAUGACAGGUUUUGCAUGCUUGAACGAUCGUAUGUCGCCUACUCGCUCUCAGAGCGACUUGCCACGCGACCGUAUUGGAACAUGGGCGAACGUCUCUUUGCUGGGUAUCAGCUCCUACAAGGACUGGUGCAGCUACACGAGGGAUGGGAAGCCGUUCAUGGCGACUUGAAGACGGACAACGUCUUGGUGGACACCUCUGGGUGGCUCUACAUGACGGAUAUUUGCCCUUUCAAGCCCGGACUUCUUCCGGCAAACAACCCGGCCUUGUUUGACUACUACUACGACACGAAUGAGACGCAUGUUUGUUUUUUGGCUCCUGAGAAGUUUCUGGACGUGACGCUUCCGUUCAACACCUCGAAUUUGAACGCAAAUGUUCAUACGAAAGCGAUGGACAUCUUUUCGGCGGCGUGCGUAUUGGCACACAUCUUCACGGAGGAACCGCUUUUUUCCCUCUCGGACACUCUUAGUCUCCGCUUGCUGCAUACCCAGCAAGCACGGGGGCUCAUGGUGCAAAAGUUAUUAACGGAGCGUGGUGUUCCCCCAAAUGUGCACUGCAUGCUUCUUGAAAUGUUGUGCAACCCACCGGCCACUCGUCCCACGGCGCGGCAGUUGCUGGAGGCCUUCACCCCGUCGGUGUUUCCUUCGUAUUUUGACUUUAUUUAUCGUGACAUUCUUCCACCACUUCUGACACGCCCACCCGACCUACAAGUGCAGCUGCUCUACUCUCGACUGCAGGAUAUUCUUGAGGAGGUGGAGCGGCACUGUCAUUCCACGGACGCCAAGCAAUGUCACCCGACGCACGUUAAGGAGGCUAAGCAGCUGAGUGUGCAGCUGCUGCUUCCUGUUAUUCUUAACGCCAGUCUUCACCUCAUCACGGAUGAGGCCUUCUGUCGGCUCAUUUCUAUCCUUCAGAAGAUCCUUCCGCAUUGUUCGUUGGAAGUGCAGAAAGACACACUACUCCCUUAUGUUCUUCAUUACGUGAAGAUGGAGCGCCACCCUGUGGUUGCCCGUAUACUUGCUUUGCGUACGUUGUCUAUGAUAUGCCACUCUACCCCUUUCUCCGCCAGUGAUGCAACCAUCUUUGACGACCUUGUCCUGCCCUGUGUGGAACAUCUUCUUAAAACAGACACCACUGAUGUUGCUCUUAUUGUGGAGGUUGCGGACCAGUUACCGGAGAUUUUACUGCGAGCUCGUAACUUUUUAGAACAUCGUCAGGCACUUGCCUCUGCCAAUGCGUGGCAAAGCAGCUUUGGGGAGCAGCUUAAUGCUCUUCUUGACCGUGGCUGGGAUGCACUUCGCUCGCUAUACAAGCAUCCUCAUACAACGAUUGUUGUCGUGACGCUCCGACGCACGGUGGAUGUGGUGGCCUUCCUUGGAGAAGAAAGGGCACAGGACGACCUCAUCCCGUUUCUCACCACAGCCAUUGCUUCAGCUAUUGAUGUUCAGCGAGAAUUGUACCCACAGGCUAUACUGUGUCAUUUGUACCUGCAGGCACCUAAGCUUAAGACACUGCGGUUUUUCCUGGAAGAGGGCUUGAAACAGACGGAUGUGACUUGCCUGGAACGGACCAUUGAGAGCCUCGCCGCCAUUGUGGAGAAAAAGUGUCUCGCUGUGUGGGACAUUAUGCCCUUGGUGCAUCAGGCGUUACCGCACAUUAUGAGCUCCAAUAAAUGGGUAAGCAUAGCAACAUCUCGCAUGCUUGAAAAGGUGGCCCGCACGCAUCGUGUCAGUGAUGUAUGGAUGUAUCUAGAGUGUGCUGUUGGACCGUUGUUGCGCCACCCGGUGCCGCUCUCUCGCAUCUCCGCAUUUCCCACAGCUGUGAAGUUGGAAAUGUCAAAUAGUGUUCCUCUCGUGGAGCAGGUGAUGAUGACGACGGACGCAGAGGUGCACUUCCUAGGUGGCGACGCAGAUUCGCAGGAGCGUGUGUUGUGCAGAAGCGCAAGUCAUGUUAUGCCGCAGUAUGGCACAUCCUUCGGGAUCGCAAGGCGCUCGUUGCGGGGGCUUGCUUCACGGGUGGCAUCUGUUGAUGUAACAUUUGACUCAAGCUUGUUCAAACCAGAGAGCUCCCAAACAGAGAGAGCGGCGGGGAGGUUGCGUGACAGCUGCCAGAAGCCAAGAUGGGAAUUAUCUUUUCUGCCAACCUGGCGCGAGCAGAAGCGGGUGCUUUUACGGCAGCAACCACAAAUAGGUGAUGGAGACUCCAGCGGGUUAGCGUCACACGCCUCAGAGCGAAAGCACGCUGUCGGUACUUUGCACCCCACACGAGGCGGCGUAGAACAAGGGGGAGAAUCCUCCAUCCCUGCUGUGGCCAACGUCACGUGGAACGCGAGGGAGCUAAAGCCGAUCGCUGCGCCCUUCUUCACGCAGACGGUCCAUCUUGGCGGGAUCUACUGCUCCUCCGCGACAAGGGAUGGGACGUUGGUGACGGCCGGCAGUCGGGGCGAGGCGGUUCUUUGGUCGCUUGGCUCAGAAGGGAUGGACUACUCACACCGUAUGCAAAUCGGUGCCUCUCUCACUAGCACGUUUCUCUUCACAAACUUCCUGCGGGGGGGAAUGAGCCCACUACUCUGCAUGGGUGGCACAGACGGGGAGUGGCGUGUUUUCGAUGUCACCUGCAACAACAUCGUCUUGCAGCGUUCUUUGGACGGCAGCGCACUGACCUCCGCCUGCUCGCUCGGGGAUUUCGUCACCCUCGUGACUGGGGCAUUGGGCGGCGUCUUCGCCAUUGACUCUAGGGCGGGGAAGGAAGUCUGGCAGACGACGCUUCCACCUGUGGUUGGUCCACCGAGUGGUGCUUCGCCCCUCUUUCUCGACUCCCGAGCGUACGGGGCGUCGGUGGUAACACUUACGGGGGGAGUUGCCUUGUUUGACCUUCGCUUUCAAAUGUUGCUGCAGAAUUACCGCCUUGGAAACGGAAACGGCGGCGAUCGCUACGAGAACGACGGAAGCAGCCGGGCGAAGACCCGUCUCAUGAAUAAUGCGAAUGCCAUUCUGUGUGUCGCCCCGGACACCGCAUGCACGUUCUCUCUGGCGAAUGCCAACCGUCCUGGAGUGUUUUUGGGAACACGGGCAGGGACCGUGCAUUGGAUGGACCUCUCCAGUGGUGAGACUCGAGUGGCCCUGCAGCCCAACACAAUCGGAGAGGCGACGAGGGCGUUGUUGGUUCAACCAAAGCACUCUGUGGUCAUCACGGCAGGAGAUGACAUGUGGAUUCGAAAGUGGUGCCUGGCCGCUCCCAAUCGAUCCAAGACUCUUGUCUGCCCGCCGUGCGUGUCCCCCGUGUACGCUGGGACUAUCCGCGGAGGAAUUGCAGAGGCACAGGCGGGGAAGCACUUUGCGAGUGUGCAGCCUGCCCAUUUCAAUGAGCUGCGCUCGAGCAAUCAUGGUUGCCUGCCCGAUGGUGUUGUGCCGCGACACCACGAGGACGCCAUUCUCACUUUAUGCGCUGUAUCAAACGGCCAUGCAUCCUACUUGGCCUCCGGGUCUCGCGACGGUACACUGACGGUGUGGCUCAAUGCAGAGUAG